AUGGAGGCGUCAGCGGCCCAGGAUCCUACCCAGGACCCUCAAACCCCGGCAAAAGAUGACGAUCACGGCGCUGGUCGCCGAGCGCGUGAAGUGUACCGCUACUUUCGACCGGAGCGUCUCGCUGCGAUCGACGAAUACCCCACACCCGGCAGCGAAGGAGGCUCCUCUUUAGGCCAUCCGCAAUUCACUGAUUCGGCUUCCGCAUCAGUCCGCUCACCAUCUGCGUCACCACAGCCAUCACCUACGCCUUUAUUACCGCAAGAAGAAGCUGCGGCUACUGCGAAACCCCUACCCGGGUCACUGGUGCUCGGCGAAUACAACGACGCCUUGACAUCCCUGGCACAGUUGGCCGCUUUGCGCUUAGACGUCGAUCGCGCAUUCAUAAGUGUUUCAGAUCGCGACUCGCAAUUCAUCAUAGCACAAUCCGGCAAGUCAACUGAGGAUGACAUCGAUCAGCCAAAAUGCUCAACCCUUGACUUGAGCGACUGGGAUAUGUGCCAGGAUACCGUCGCUCUUCCAUCAUCCGACCUAGCCAGAGAUGAAUAUAACUUCCUAGUAUCAUCCGACUUGAGCCAGGAUGAACGAUACCAAACCCUUUCAAUCGUACAGAAGAACCCCAAUUUUCGAUUCUAUGCCGGAACACCUCUUACCACGGAAAGCAAUAUCAAUGUCGGCUGUCUCUUCGUCCUCGAUUCUAAGCCUCACGCCGAGUUCACGAAAAGCGAAAGGGCGAUAAUGGGUCACAUGGGGUCGCUUGUUGUGGAUUUCUUGAAAAUAAGCCGACAGGCCUCCGAAGGCCGACGCGCAGCUCGCCUGUCUCGUGGCUUGAAUUAUUUCGUGGAUGGUGGCUCUACAUUCAACAAUGCCACGUCAACCAUUUCAAGUCCAGUCAGUGAUUUGGCUCAACGACGGUACAGUCAUGCGUCAAGCGGAAAAUCAAGUUCUCGUCGGUCCUCAGCCAGCCGACAGAAAACCCGCAGUACGAGCUCUCGACGCUCGUGCUCAAGUGGCAGUGCGCGCUCCCCCAGUUUGGCAUCAGACAAAAACGAUCAGUUCAUGUCAUCUAGCUUCGAUGGCUCUGUUUCAGGCCAAUCUUCGAGCCUUAGCCAGCCUGUCGAGAAUAAGCAGUCGAACUCGUGGACUUUCCGACGAGCAGCAAAUUUGAUUCGAGAGAGUCUCGAACUUGAGAGUGAUAGUGGUGUGGCAUUUUUGGAAGCUAGUUGUGAUGCUAUGCUCGACCGCUGGAGCGACAGUGAUGUUUCCAGCUCCCAGGAUAUCGGCAAAGCGGCUUCUCUCUUAGCAAUUUCAAUACCUGACAGUCCCUUCGGUCCAGACGGUGACUCCGCCGUGUCCCGCCCUGUCGCGAAGCUCGAUGAGGACUUCCUUCAUCGCCUACUCAACACAUAUCAACAAGGCAAAAUAUGGUCCUUACAUCGCGAUGGCCAACAGUCCAGCUCAGACAGUGAAGAUUCUUCUCCCUCGCGUGAAGGCCGCCCCCGAUCAAGGGCUCAGAUGGGCUCGAAAGCCCCGAAAAAGUGGAAACUCAGAGAGACGGCAAUGCUCAACCGGUAUUUCCCUGGGGCGACCCAGGUGCUUUUUGUACCGCUUUGGAAUGCGGCCAAUUCGCAGUGGUUUGGUGGUUGCUUUUGCUGGAACAACAUCGAAAGCAAGGUCUUCGAUCCAGCAGUUGAGCUGAGUUCGCUAUCGGGCUUUGGCUCAUCGAUUAUGGCCGAGUGUAAUCGUGUCGAGUCGCUCAUUUCCGACCGCCAGAAGGCCGACUUCCUCAGUAGCAUAUCGCAUGAAUUGCGUAGCCCUCUUCACGGAAUUAUGGCAGCGUCCGAAAUUCUCCAGGGUACGAAUUUGAACGCCUACCAGUGUUCACUCAUGGAUACCAUCAAUGCUUGUGGCCGAACUCUUCUCGAUACAAUGAAUCAAGUCUUAGACUUCAGCAAAAUCAUCUCUCUGGAAAAGAAGUUCCAGCAUUUGGAGCGACGAAAAGUUUCACCACUGGAAUUGAAAAAUAGGCAUCGAUCUGCAGCGCACCUCGACGCUCACGUCGCUACCGAUAUCUCUCUUUUGGCCGAAGAGGUGGUAGAAGGUGUUUCUCUGGGUCAUUUCCACAGUCAAAACUCGACCGAUUCAUCCGCUCUACUGGCAGCUGCCACGAAAGCCAAUGAAGGUACACUCGACACUAACAUUCCGCGCCCCAAUGUUGACGUGCUCAUCGAUAUUGCACCUAAUGAUUGGACUUAUCACGUGCCACCUGGAGCCCUUCGACGAAUCAUCAUGAAUAUUUUCAGUAAUGCGAUCAAGUACACCGAGGCAGGCCAGGUUCAUCUACAACUCGAGGCAAAGGAGGCAUCGGAGAAUUGCUUCUCGCGUCCCGGCUACAAGGAACAUAUGGUGACAUUAACUGUGAGUGACACUGGAAAGGGCAUAUCUGAGGACUUUUUGAAAUCGAAACUCUUCGUCCCUUUUGCGCAAGAAGAUAGCUUGGCGACCGGAUCAGGUCUCGGCCUCUCCAUCGUUCGCAGUCUUGUUAAAACUAUGAGUGGCUCUAUCAACGUCAAUAGCCGCCCCGGAAAAGGAACAUCCGUGAAAGUCACCCUUCCACUCGCUCGAUCGGAGCCCGAGGAUAUCGAAAGUCAAUCUGAACCUAUGUCUCCAUCUGCAUGCGAAAGAUGGCCAGUGAAAAGUGAACUCCACCAUUUACGAGAAGCACACGGUGGAAAACGCGUCGCUAUUAUGAAUGUGGAGCCAGAGGAUGCCCCGAACCACCAAUCCUGGGCGAACUUGUCCCGCUAUCUGACCGACUGGUACGGUCUCAUCUUGGUCUCGCCAUCUUCACAGGAAUCCAUUGACCUCAUCCUGAGUGACAAAGUGCCGUCCCAAAGCGAGAUGGAGUGCUGCUUCACCGGAAAGAACGCGGCCUUCUUAAUGUUAAGCAGCAACUAUAUCGGUCGCAAUUCCAUUUCCCUCCAAUGGCCUACUGGGUCCAAGAUUGUUGACAUCAUCAAUCCUCCAUGUGGUCCUCACAAGCUAGCCCGGUUCAUCCAGAGGUGCCUCGACAAGGAUACGAAACACGAGACGAUCGAGACCCUAUCUUUAGCAGAGCCACUUGCGAAAUUGGAUCUGGAUGAGGAUUCGUCCUCUGGUAAUGAAUCGCAAGAGUCGGAGUUACAGUCCAGCUCAGCAACGCCCAGUGAAGAUUCACAUCCAUCGUCGACUCCCAACACGGAGACUACCGAUACCGAUUGUUCUGAGGAGCCUCGAAAAGCCCGCAUCUUGGUCGUCGAAGACAAUAAGAUCAACCUGAACCUGAUGCUCGCAUUCUUGAAGAAAUUUGACCUUGGUACCGUGGAUACAGCGGAAAACGGCAGUCUCGCAGUUUCUGCCGUGAAACAAGAUCAGCAGGGCUUCGACUUCAUCUUCAUGGAUAUUUCCAUGCCGAUAAUGGACGGCUUCGAGGCCGCACGCAGCAUUCGCGCCUUUGAGAAAUCGCGUCUCAACAAUAUGAAACCAUCGAAAAUCAUCGCCCUGACCGGACUGAGUAGUUCUCAUGACGAGUCAGAGGCCAUGAACUCGGGCAUAGAUCGGUUCAUGACGAAGCCGGUUUCUUUCAAAGAGGUCAAGAAGAUCUUGGACCAAUGGAUAGAGGCUGAGGUGCAGGACCAAGGUCAAUCUCAGUCUAGCGGAACGGACUCAACAAGUGGAGAACCGGCAUGA